GGGAGCAUGUGACCAGCUAAGCCGGAAGCUGGGCUGCAGAGAGGAGAGACAGACAAGGGGAAGGAGUGUGGUGCCCGGAUCCCAUCUGAGAGAGAGAGAGCAGACACAGGCAAUUUGUCUGGUUCUCCCCCGGAAAGGUACUUGCGAGCAGAACUUCACAUACACAAAGGAUGUAUAUGGGAGUGAGGUGCGCGUGCCACAGAACAUUCUCUUCCUUCUUCACCAGUGGUGCAGUCUGGAAUGCCUUGAGUAGAGGUCCUCCUUCCAUCCCAAGGCGUGUCCCCCCUAGCAAAGCAUUUUCCAUAUCUCCUUGCCAUUACCAGAAGCAGCAGUCGGACUCCAGGCCCCCUUCUGUUCCCUUACGUGCCAGAGUCGCUGUGAGCUGCAUUAUUGGUGGGGCUGCUCUGGGCAUUUGGCUUUAUCUGCGAUGGGAGAAACAGGAACAGCAGAAAUUGCAGCGUAUCCAGCAGCUUCAGACUCUUGCGGUGGGACAAGGAGAUUUCAGCCUAGUGGAUCACACUGGUCAGCCCCGAACAAAGAGCUUUCUAAGGGAUAAUUGGGUCCUGUUGUACUUUGGCUUCACUCAUUGUCCGGAUAUUUGCCCCGAUGAGCUGGAGAAGCUAAGUUCUGCUGUUUCUUUGCUGGACAAGGAUCCGGCACUGCCCCAUGUUUUGCCUGUGUUCAUCACAGUAGACCCAGAGCGUGACAGUGUGGCAGCCCUCGCCAAGUAUGUGAGCGACUUCCACCCGAGACUUCUGGGGCUUACGGGGAGCACUGAGCAGGUGAAGGAAGUGGCAAAAGCGUAUCGGGUUUACUACAGCACAGGGCCCAAAGAUGAGGACAAUGAUUACAUUGUGGAUCAUACCAUUAUGAUCUACCUGCUCAAUCCAGACGGACUAUUUACAGAUUACUACAGCCGGGGCAAGACUGACCAGGAAAUAGCCGACAGUGUGAGAAGACACAUGCAGACUUACACAUCAAUCUUUGGGUGACAAGACCUUGCUUUGUUGAUAAUAGAGGUUAUAAAUGGCCAGUCAAAAAAGGGCGAGGGUUAAUAGAAUACUACCCCCAGAUUAAAGGGCAUAUCUACAAACAAAAA